AACGGUUAAUUUCUGUCGCACCUGGAAGGUUUCAGCGGGCAGUACGACUCCGCCCCUCGCGUCACGUUUCCUUGGAAACACCAGCAAACAUGGCUGCUUUGAGAAAAAGUAAUGUUGAGAAGCCGUUUUUAUAAGAGAAGGAAAGACGAGCUACAAAAGGUGACAUGGAGGUAGAAGACAGGAGAAGUCCCGCAGAGGUGGAGCCUAACAGGUGUGGACAGCUGGAUGUCCACCUCAGUCCAGAUGAUCCAAGUGAUGAAACCUUUAAAGCCGAAGAGUCAGAUGUGCCUGCUGAUUUGGACUGGUUAGAAGAAUUGUCUGAAGAGGAUGAUGGUGUUGGUGAUGGUGACGGUGACCUUGCGGCUAUGGCUGACGGUUGUAAGAAGAGGAGUUAUGCCGAGACAGCACGGAUGUUCAAGCUGAGACGAAACCUCGACCAGCUGGACUGCUUUCACCGACAGAAGGAGCAUGACGUGCUGAAAGCCAGAGAAAAGCUAAAACUCUGUCAACAGAAUAUUCAAAGUUUGUUGGAGCAGAGGGAUAACUUGGAGAGAGAGAUAGAACAACAGAAAGUAACAGACAACAGCGUGGCUUUGUUUCGACUGCGAGCCCGGCAUAAGCACCUAUGUCAAAAGCUGCAGAGCGAGGAGGAGCUCGAGGGCCACAUCAACAUUGAGCUGAAGCAACUAGAACUGGAGCUGAGUGAGGUGGAAGUUGAGCUUGGCAGAUGCUCCUUGCUCCGGCAGGAGGUGCAGGAAGAGGAGCAGCUCUUCCAGGUUCUUAAAGCCCAGAAGGCAGCAACGAGGCUGCAGCAGGAGAGGGAAGCCAGCCAAAACCUGCAACUCAAGAUGAAGAAUCUGAGGGAUAAACAGGCAGCCAUGCUAAAGAAAGAGGAGACUGAAUGUCAGAGGAAAAUCGAAGAGGGCCGAGCGAGCCGCAAAAUAGCUGCCAAGUACUUGAAACAGACUGUAAAAAGGAUGCAUCAGCAGGAGGCUGAGAGGGAGCAGCAGAACCAGGAGUUACUGGAAAAGAGGUUACAGGCUGUAAAGUCAUUGAAAACUAACAUAGAAGCAACCCAAGAGAAUUUACAGGUCCAGCAAAGCAGAGCCAGAGCUAACGCCCUGAAGAAAGAGCAGCUACAAAGACAACUGAGAGAAUCCCUGCAGGCCCAAGGAAUCAACAGUAUCAAACAUAUGUACCAGCAGAAACAACAGCAGGAAACAAAACGUAAAGAAGGGGAAUUUGAGGAGAGCCAGAAGUCAAAAAGAGUGGAGAUUGUUUCAAAAAUCCUUCAGGAAGAACAGCUGACGAAUAGGAGACAGAGGAAGCCAGCACUGCUACUGGCCAAACCCUCAGCCACUGAGAAGUUUCUAUCUCUGAGGAGGGCAAGUGAGAAGAUCCCGUACUACCUGGAUCCUGUUCCCCCAUCAGCUGCUGAGGAGAGAGCCACAAUCUUCAGAGAUUUCAGUGACACCAGCAGCUCCUCGUCAUCGUCAGCUUGCUCUGAUGUUGAGGACCUAGAGGGAACUGAGGAAAGCGAGGAGAAAGUGAAUCACCAGAUCCCUACUGACAGUCUGGCUGAGCCUGAAUUCUCCGGGCUGUGGGACCAAAACAUCAAGAAGAUCCCCAAUGAGAAUGCUACACUGGUGCAAAUACAACUGAGGCAAGAAGAACCUCCAAUAGCGAGUGGAAAGCUCAAUAUGACUGCUAAAAGAAAUCGUGGAAAAGAGUUAAGAGGGCCUCCAUUCAUUAGUAAACCAGAGGUCAUCCUCUUCAAGGACUUUGAUGUGGGAAAAAUGUACAAGAAGAAAAUUGUCCUGACUAAUAUCAGCUACGCAGUUAUUAACUGCAAGUUUCUCGGGGUCUCCCCUCACUUGAAGAACUUUUUCACCGUCAAACGAUGUGGAGUGGUCGUGAAAGAAAAGCCUGUCCUCCCACAUAUGGACGCCAGCUUGGAUCACCACGCUCACAGCUCCUCUUAUGAGGCUCAGCUACAUGACUUCCAGCCUCCUACUUUGUUAUCCACCGGGAUGUCAUUUGACAUGCAGGCCAUUUUCCAGCCAGUGAUCAACGAGGACUUGGAAGGAGAGCUCCAGUUUGCAUCAGCUCUGGGUCCCUUCUUUGUGCCCAUCAGAUGCACUGUAAAGAAAUGUAUUCUGGAGGUUGACAGCCAGUUCAUUGACUUUGGUUCGCACGUCGUGGGCCAGACUAUUUCACGGACCAUCACACUGACCAACAAGGGUGCACUGGCCACGCAUUUCAGCCUGGACAGCUCCACAUGUCUCAGUCCAGAAACGAGCUACGUCCAGAUGCCACCACAGGUCUCUGCCAACACAUACGAGGCAUCCAGUCAAAACACAGCAACUAACAACCAAAACAGCCCUGAAUCCAUUGAUGCUGAAGAUGUCCAAUCAAAGCUACAGAGUCAGGAGCUCUCUGCAGGAGAACAGCAAGAACAAUCAGUGUCAGAGGGUGCGAAAACUGUUCCUGAGGCUUGUCUUUCAUCUGAUUUGGACAAUCAGACAGACCAGACCCCCUCAGACUCCAGUGACAUAAAACUAAGAGAUGUGCGCGGGGGAGAGAUCGGGCCAUUUGAAAGUGUCAAACUGGAAAUUAUUUUCACCCCAACCAUUCCAGGAGAGACCAGACUGGACUUCUCCAUCAAAUUCUCUGAUAAAACCAGCAAACCAAUACCCAUCCAUGUGAGAGGUGUGGCAGUCAGCAUGCCUGUAUGGGUACUUCAGCCCAGCAUUGACCUAAAGAUCUGCAUGUUUGACCGCCUUUAUCAGGACACCAUCAUGGUCCAAAGCAGAGCCAGCACAGCUUUGAAACUGACCUUUGAGGUAUGUCAGGACAUGAGGAAGCACAUGGAGAUCUUACCAAAGACCGGCUUCAUCCAGGCUCAAUCAAGCUUUAGUGCCCAACUGAAGUUCAUCCCGAGACUCUCCUUGUCCAAAGAUGCAAAGAAGUUUUUUGACAGUGACACAGGAGUCCUGGAGGUUCCAAUGACAGUGCAAGUAGCAGGCCAGGUGCAGCCUGCCCAUUUCACGGUCCAUGCCAUUGUGACCUCCUCAGACCUGCGGUUUGACCACAGCGAGGUGGACUUUGGCUACUGUUCCAUUUACCAGUCAGUCAAGAGCAGCAUUCGCCUCACCAAUCUGUCCCUCUUACCCCAAGACUUUGGCUUCUUGGGUGUGCCUGAGUUUAUUGAGGUUCAGCCCAAUGAUGGAUUUGGUACUCUGCUCCCACAAGAAACCCUGGAGGUUGAUCUGAUUUUUAGUGCCCAAACUGCUAAAGAGUACCGCUUUCAGCUCAGCUGCAAGUCUGGAAUUAACAGAGAUUUUCUGCUGUCUUGCCGAGCAGUGGGUGUCCACCCACCACUGGAGCUCUCCCAUUUUCUGGUUCAGUUUGGAGCCACAGCAGUAGGUGACCAGUCCACUGCCAUGCUGUUCCUGAGCAACCAUCAAACGGGCCGUGACCAAAAUAGACAACCAGUCUCUCCAGGGGUCAAGGCGCCUGUAAUGCCCCGUUUGUUCUCCUUCGCCCUGCCAGAGGACUCGGACAUCGGCAUCAGUCCGUCUGCAGGACGCCUCCUUCCAGGAGAGAGAUGUCUUGUCCAGGUAACGUUCAAACCCAGACUGUUAGACCAGGAGAUCAAAGAAGAGGCGCUGCGUCGUCUUCAUCGAGCCAAGUUGCUCUAUGAGAGUGAGCUGGAGGGAAACAGACUGGCUGAACAGGAGGCAAAACCGGAGAUCCCACUGGAAGCUAGUAAGGGGAAAAAGGCGUCUGUGAAUCCAAAAAACAGCAAGGUGUCCAAUGAAGCAGAGAAAGGAAAGCAAAGUGAAUCACCACAUCCUGGCAACAUAGUACCAGGGUCAAGUUGGUAUGAGGAGGCCAAGGCCUCUCUGUUAUACUCCUUCAGGGAACGUUAUAGAGAGUACACCAUUCCCUGCUUUGUGUCAGAUGGCGACCCUCCAGAGGACGACAAACUGGUCCAGCCAGCAUGGAGUCCCUUCAAUACGCUGUACUUGAAGCUUCAGUGUCCUGCUGUACAACCCCCUCUAGUGGUGAUAUCCAACAAUGGCUGCAAUAUCAUAGACUUCCAUCAGGUGACAGUGGGAGACCGAGUGAUUAAAAGGUUUACAGUUCAGAACAUUUCACAGGAAUCUGUGGAUCUGAGCUCGUCGGUGUUGGACGUAUAUGGUCCCUUUUCCCUGCUCAAUGCUCUCAGAUCCAUAAGACCUGGAGAAAAACACACUCUGAUUCUCGCCUUCAGUCCAACUUUGGAAAAAAAGUACUGUGACAUGCUGGAGGUGCGGUGCCAGAAAAUGACCCUGGAAAUGACUCUGCUCGGGGAGGGAAUAGUCCCUGCUGUCACCUCCUCCCACACUGGAGAUGUUCUUGACUUUGGCUAUGUGCUGGAGAAGGAGACUGCCUCACAAGUCGUGAAGUUGCAGAACAGCUCAGCGGUGGCAGUGAGCUUCAGGGUGAUGCUCGCUAGUCUCUCUCCCUUCAGACCUCAGGGUGGAGCUGACCGGGUGGCCUUUCUGCUAGACAGAUAUGCAAACUCCCAUGUCCACCCUGCUGUGGGGACUCAGAACUACAGUGGGUUGAGCGUGUUCAGUGUGGUGCCAGUAGAGGGCAGCAUUCCUCCAGGGCAGAGCCAAGAAUUCACGGUCACCUUUCGGCCUGACCACCCGUCUGUCAACUACUCUGACAAACUCACCGUAGAGCUCAUGAAUAAGAGUAAAGUGUGUGUGAUGGAGCUGAAGGGUGCAGCCUCUUCACAUAGCAUGUAUCUGUGUGGCGGAGACCUGCUGACAGUGCCUGUUGAAUCCCUGCUCCCCUCAGUCAUAACCAGUGAACCUCAGCUCACAGCAGAGUCAGAGGUGACGGAGAGCCCCACCAUUCCUUUGUUGGUGACCCUGAAGGCCAGGUGUAGCUCAGGUGCCAUCACACCUGCAGUCAGGGAGCUGCAAGUGGGCUGUAUCCACUCCACACAAACCAGUAAGAAGGGUGUUGAGUUUUAUUGGGAUAAUGUGGCAUCCCUGCAGCAGCAGGGCUUUAAUGUGGAGCCCAGCAAAGGAACUGUGGACUCGGGCCAGCGAUGCACCAUCAGGAUCACAUGGACACCCCACAUCGGAUACAAACCUUAUGAGGUGGUGGAGAUGUGCGUGCCUCUCACUUUAAAGGCCGACGGGAUGAAUGUUUACAGAGUCACCCUGAUGGCUUUGGUCUCCACGACCGCAGAUUGACCUCUGAAGGACUUGGAUGAUGGCCAGCAGGAAUUUUGCUCACACAUACUCUGACUAACCACAAAUACACAUCAUAUUGUCUGUGUGUACGGAGCCAGCAUUAACCAUAAAGAGAUCAUUAAAAGGUUUUGUCUGAACAUUAAUUUUGUGUUGAAAUGGAUGUAGAGGACUUUUAGAACCAGCAUUGACUAGAUUAUUGCUAUUUCCACUUUCAAAUUUUGUCAUCAUGUUAGAAAAUAAAUACAGUUCUCCAGUUGUGUUACAAAUCUCAUAUGACUUCCAAAAAUAGAAAGUCAACUAAAAUAUAGAUAUAAAAAAGUAAAAGGUCAAAGGUUUCACAUAUUAGGGCAUAAUAAUAAUCAUCUAUUUCUUAGUAGGUCUUAAAAUGAGGUAAAUACAAACAGCAGAUGACACAUUGUUCUUCACACAUUGCACACCAUGUCAUUAUUUAUUUAACGAAAAUGAAGCUUGAAUGAAAAUUGUGUGAAUUACUAAGUACAACCUUACUACUUUUACAGGAAUUAAAAGGGGUAGCAACCAAAUGCUGUGAUCUGAUUAACUGCAGGUUUGCUGCUCUGGAGCAUUCAGGUGUAUGUUGCCAAGGAAAAAAAUAAAGGAAUGAUAUUAGAGAAACAAUUGUUGCUGCCCAUCAAAUAUCCCAUCUCAGACUCAGCAGGACUCUGUUGGGAUGUUGAAUGUGAAAGUUUGUGACAAAACAAUUAGAAAAAACUGAAUCAGUACGGCUUGUUUGGAGGGAUUACCAGGAGAAAACUUCUUCUCUCCAAAAAAAACCCAAACAAAACAUGAUAGCAAAGCUUACUGUAGCUUUGCAAAACUGCAUCUGAACAAACCACAAGACUUGUGGCCCUUGGCACCUUACAGUCAUGAACUCUGUCUAUACCAAAGUAUUCUAGAGUCAAAUAUGAGGCCAGCUGUCUGACGGCUGAAGCUGGGAGAACUGUGGGUAUAAAUGCCCACAAACCUGAAUGAACUGAAGCACAAAAAUUCCUCCACAAUGAUGUGAGACACUGAUGAAGUCAUACAGAAAAUUAUAACUACAGGUUAUUGUGUUGUUGUUCAUCUGAAGUUGUACUUAAUUCAUUUUAAACCCUGAUAAGGAACCGAUUUUUUUUUAUUCUGUCCUGAUACAUAAAACCUUAGAAUUAAUGAAAGUGUGCAGGUAAUGCUUCAAUAAGCAUGUAUGUGAACUUACCAAUUUUAUUUUAUUUUUUUUUACCAAAAUGCAUUUUAUUAGAUUUUCAUUUUCAAAUGAUGCUGUCUCAUAAACAGAAUAUCUAAUAUAAUAUUUAAGGUUGUAUUUUUUAGUCAUUGUCCACCACAUUUCAUGACUAAUUUUGACAGACGAGCUAAGAUUCAAAAAAAGGAACAAAACUGAAGAAGAAGUUGUUUUGAAAGCUUUAAUUAUUUCUACUGAUUAUACUACAUCAAUGUAAAUAUGGACAUUCCAGAUGUACAGUAUAUAUUUGAGAGUGUGAUAUCUGUAUGAGGCAAAGUAUUUUUGUCCACUUACUUUUGCUUUUUCUGUUAUGUGUGUAUUUUCCUGUGUAGAGUACCAAACAUUACAUGUUACAGCCCCGUG